AUGGGUCACAAGCUGCUGUUGCUGUUUCUGUUAAUAGGUCUUACCUGUGCACGUGAAGACAGAUGGGAAUUAAUUCCUGGAGGUGAUGGAAAAUUGCAUUUGGUUGACCUGAAUCGUGACACUGAACUUCUUGCUGUAAGUGACAGUGAUGUGUCUUUCCGCCUUUACACACAGUCAAACCCAACAAGUCCCCAGUAUGUGACGAUUGGAGAUGCCUCUUCUCUUGGUUCCUUCAGUGCUUCACGUCCCACAAGAUUUGCAAUUCAUGGGUGGCUAGCUAGUGAGGACAACUUGGUGGCAAUACGUAAUGGUUGGAUACAGGCUGGAGAUUACAAUGUAAUAAUGGUGGACUGGAGAGGACCAGCAAGCAAUAUUUUGUAUGCACCGGCUCGUAAUGCAGUGCCAGAGGUUGGUCAGAUAGUUGCACGUUUCAUUGACUUUCUGGUGCAGCAGGGUGCUAAUGCUGGUAAUAUGGAAGUUGCUGGUCACAGUCUGGGAGCACAUGUUGCAGGAAUAGCUGGAAACAGAGCUUCUGCAACAAUUGGAAGAAUAAUUGCUAUGGAUCCUGCAGCACCACUGUUUGGAGGCACAGCAGCAGCAGACCGUGUUGAUUCAUCAGAUGCAGCAUUUGUUGAGGUCAUCCACACCUCAACCCUGGGGUGGGCUGAUCCACUUGGCCAUGCAGACUUUUUUCCAAAUGGUGGUACAUUUCAGGAAGGCUGUUCUGCUGUUGAUUUGGAUGAAGUGCACUUAUUUAAGCCACGAUUGUGGCAAGACUAUGACAAGCAUGGACAUAAUACUGACGCUCAAGGUUUAGAAUGUGGCAGUUCAAAAAAGGGAAAAGUUGAAAAGACUAUAACCCAUUGA